UGUGACUGACGAAUGAGAGGAGAUAGAAAGAGAAACUCUGACGAUAAACAGAAGUUUCACUGGAAGACCAAUAUGAGGAACAAAUGGUGAUUAAAGAAAAGAAGAACAAGAUGAUUGAAAGCCUAACUGUACAUCGGGAAAUGUCAAUGUUGCCAGAAGAGCAGCCUCAGUCUGAUAAUCCAAAUCUAGUGGUCUGCACCAAAUACCAGAAGCUCAUAUUGGCUCUGUUUGCCAUUUCUCUCUUGGCAAUGGCAUUAGGGCUGGCGAUCUAUGCACAUCAACAGAAAAUGGAGGAUCCCUGGAUUUUACAGUUGAAAUUAGCUGCUCCACCGUGUCUUUCACCUGCCUGUCAAAGAGCAUCUAAACAUUUCUCUGUCACCAUGGAUCCCUUUUCUCGUCCCUGUGAUUACUUUCUGUUGACCUGUGGGGCAGGUGAAUCUUCUUCCCACAGGAGGAGGCAGAGAAGCAAGCAGAUCAUCAAUGAAGACAAACGAGGACAAGACAAGAAAAGAGAUGGGAGGAGUGGAGAACUGGUGAAGAUGAGAGAAGAAGAGACAGAUUUUCGAGAGAAACACAAGGGGCAACUAGACAAGUUUCCGGAUAGACAGACAGCUUUGCUCAAAACCAUUAAAGAAAUACUAGAAUCUCCCGAUGAAAGUGUUUCUGUGAGUACAGCAAAACAAAAGGCAAAGCAAUUUUUUAAGACUUGCAUGGAAUCAGAAUCUCCGGAAAAAGUGGGAUCACAACCAUUCCUCAAUCUACUCCAGCAGUUGGGUGGGUGGGCAGUAUCAGGUGAAUGGAAAAAGUCAGAUUUUAACAAAACUCUGGCUUUGCUGAUGGGUCAGUACUCAACAUUUCCUUUCUUCAGUGUAUAUGUGGGGCCAAAUACUGGUGACGGUCAAACGGAUACCAAUCAACCCUACAUACAGAUUGACGAGCCACAUUUUCAAUUUCCUAUUGACUGGAAUAGCAAGACCCAGAAAUCUAAAGCUAGUUAUCAGUUUUUGCGGCCAUUCUUGUCGUCCUGCAUGGAGAUUUUGGCUCUUUUGGGUGUACAGCCCAGCCGAACCCAUCAGGACUGUGGUCUUUAUGUGUCUCUGUCUACAACUCUCGCUCUGGCCACCUCUCCUCUCUCCUACCGCCUAAGUCAGAAGUUACUCUACCAGAACAUUACAAUUGAUAAACUACAGGUUGCUCUUUUGUCCUCACAGACCUUGGCUCCAGCCAUUGAUUGGCUAGCUUGCCUACAAGCCACAUUUCAACCUCUUCCUAUCAGCCAAUCAGAUAUUGUUUUAGUACACAAUCUCCCAUACAUUACUCAAAUGUCUCAGAAAUUAAGCGAAUGGAAAAUCCAACAUGACAUCAUGGGAACUGAUCCUCUUCAUACAUACAUGAUGUUGAAUCUUUUGCAAACGCUAAUACCUGCGCUAGACUCAAGAUUUACGCAGACAGUGAGAAACUUUUCCAUUGCAACUGGAGACACACAGGAGGAUUUACCACGCUGGUGGAAAUGUGUCCAGCAGACAGAACGAGGGUUUGACACCCUAUUGAGUCAUGUGAUCAGAGAACAACAUGCACAGAAAGAGGCUGAAGAAUUGGUACAAGAUAUUUACUCAUCUCUUAAAAUCAAACUGGAAACUCUGACUUGGAGGGACAGGAAAUCAUCAGAUCUAGUUUUGAAUAAGAUAAAAUCUCUCACUCCAAGACUCUCCACUGAAACAAAUGCACUCAAUCAUACAAAACUUAACCAACUCUAUGAAGAGGUGUUUGUAAGUGAAGAAGACUAUUUCUCCAACUAUCUGCAGAUGCUGUUACUGGAACAGAAGAGCAGACGCAGGCUGCUCUCAGAUGCCACACGAGCUGAAGGUCUCUCUAUCACUCCAUUCCUCUCCGGUAAUGACAUCAUCAUCCCUGAUGGAAUGUUUGUGUCACCUUUCUUCCAUUCAACACAUCCCAGGGCUCUGAAUUAUGGGACAUUGGGCUUUCUGAUUGCUAAAGAUUUUCUCCACCUUCUGUUACCUGAAAUCCACACGCAGGCCAAAAAUCCUGAAUUGGAGGGGGCUUGUGUGUGGUCUCAUUAUCUGAACGUAACCAAGGGUCCAGGUCAGGUUGGAUCUUUCUCUCUCCCCGCAUUAAAACAACAAGAGGUGUGGGUGCAGUACUCCGCUCUGCAAGUGGCACUACGUGCUUACAAUAUCAGCUUCACAAGGCAUCCAACAGAUUCAUCUCUGUCAGGCCUUUCUUACGUUCACCUGCUCCUCUCAUCCUUUACAAAGGUGAGCUGUGACACAGACUCCUACCGUGAGUUCAUGCCUUUUGAACCUUCCUUCCUGGUGUCGGUCCUGUGUUCAAACACACGAUUCUGCCCAAAACCGCUGACCUGCCUGAAGCAGUAUCAGAGCUAUCCUUCUGAGAUGUGUCUGGGUCGAGCAAUGCACUGAAUCUGAAGGAAGACCUUCUAAUAAAGACCCGAUUGAGAGUAUCGAUGAGCUGGUAUUGGACUAUUGAACCAUUGGAGCUGCUUACUGUUUCCAGAAUGAAGUUGAAGAGACUGAAUAAAAGUGGAGAAAGUCAUUCCAGAAUCAUUAGCUUUUGCUAGAAAUGUUUCAUUUAUUUUUCAAUCAUGAACGUGAUAAAACUGUUAAAAGCUGCUUUGUGGACAUGAUCUCAUUGUUAUGUUUAACAUACAGUAUUUUGUACAUAGAAACCAAAGUUACACCAGAUGGUGGACUACUGGAAAUAUCAACUUUGAUGGCUUUGAAAGAACUAUGGUACCUGUAAAUGUAAUUUAUGAGAGUAUUAUAUUUGUUAUGAAUUAAUGAUGAAUAAUUGUGAUUUUAAUCUCUCUCUGCUGUAAAUAUAUUUUGAAGUGAGAAAUCUCUGAAUGUGCCAUUAAUGUAAUUCUUAUUUCUAAUCAAAUGUAUUCACAUAAAUGAAUACAAACAACACAUUUUCGUUUAAUUACAACAAUUUAGAGAUAUUUAGAUUUUUUAUUAUCAUUUUAAAUAAUGCUUUUUUCUAUGCAGAACAAAAUUUCUUAAAAUUA